CAGCAAUCGGCCCUGUUGUUAAUAAGACUUUUGUGACAGACACAGAAUCAAGGAGGUCCUGAAGUUCCAGCAUGAACAGGCAGGAAUAUUCUACAGGAUCUCUCCAUGCAUCAAGAAUACUGGGGGGACUUGCAUCCCUUCGCAGAUUGGAAGUCCUAUGCGAUGGCAAUGUAAAACUUUUGGAUGGCAGUGUCAAAGUUAGUCGUGCAUUACUUGCAGCUGGUUGCCCCUAUUUCAGAGUUUUGUAUGAGUUUGAAGAGGAUGCACAACAAGGUUUACAUCGCACUGCAGAGCCAAUGUUAGAAAUCACAUGUAAAACCUUUGAAGUCAUCCUUGAUUUCAUCUAUACAGGUCACAUUGUUCUAGACUUUGAAAAUAUCCAAGACAUAUUACAAGCCAGUGAUCUUCUACUAAUGACUGAGCUAAAAGAGUUGUGUGUCCAGUACCUGAUGAGUAUUAUUGAAGUAGAAAAUUGUCUUGGCAUACUUGAACUUGCACAAAGAUUUUCGUGUCCAAGACUUGUAUACUUUACUAAAGAUUUUAUUUGCCAGCACUUUAAGUACAGGGAAGUUGUACGAACAGAAGAGUUUCGUAACCUGAGUGAGGAACGUUUAAAAGACCUCUUGUCACAAGAUGGCCUUGCUGUUAAAUCAGAAUUAGAUAUUCUCACAGCUCUAGUGGUAUGGCUUAAUACCAACCAGCUGAAAUCACCUGAUGUGGAAUCCCUAGUGACUUGCUGCUUGCGAGAAUCUGCAGACUUAAAGUAUGAUCCAAAGUUUCAAAGGGCUUUACAAGAUCUGAGGGCUGCCACACCACCAUGGGACUCCCCAGGAGCUAUGAUGGUUCUUGAUGCACUGAAGAAGACCAGGAGAAUUAGAUCCAUCAGGGAAAGAGGCACCAAAACGGUCCUUGCAUGCGGGGAUGAUGAAGGUGGUAUAUAUUUGGUGGAUAUCCUGAGUUCAGGCAAAUAUUCUGGAUCUCAUGUUAAGCUACCACCUAUGUGUAUCCCAAGGAUUAAGCCUACACUUGUGGUAGAAGGUGGAUACCUCUUUGCUCUUGGUGGAGGCAGCAAAAGUGGAGAAGCCAAGAGUGAUGUGCAACGAUAUGACCCGCUCUCCAAUAGCUGGACACUGAUGGCUCCAAUGCCAUUUGCAUGUUUUCUACCUAUGGUUGUAUCUUAUGCAGGAAAGCUGUAUGUAACAGGUGGAUGUGACAUUAACGAGAGUGAACUGCAAAUCACAAACUUUGAAGAAUUUGAUAUGUAUGCCAAUAAGUGGAGAUCACUUCCACCAAUUCCAAAUAUGCGGCAUGGAGCAGCUCUGGCAGUGAGUGAUGGAAAAAUAUUCUUUAUUGGAGGUUCUCCAUGGAUAGAAUUACCAGAUGGAAGUCCAUAUUACAGGGUGUUGGAUGCAGUAGAGAUAUUCUGCAUUAAAGAAGAGAUUUGGGUAGCUGGCCCUCAGCUGAAAGAAAGGAGAAGGCAUGCAGCAGCAGUUAAUCAUAAAGGAGAUAUUUACGUGAUUGGAGGCAUAAGACCACUGGAGUGCCCCAGUGCUCAGGGUCGCACCAAAGUAACAGGCACAGAAACGCUCUUCAAAGAGUCACAGAUGGGAUGGACCUCCAUGACUAAGCUCCAUAUCCCACCUGAAGCCAAAUAUAAAACUGUGGCUCUGGCAAAUAAUGAGCACAUCAUCAUAAUUGGAAAAAACGACAACUUCACAUUUAUGCAUGAUAAUUGCUUUAUUAUGGUUGGCAGUGGCUGGGGACUAGUGCCAGGAGCUGAGAGUAUACUGACAUCUGGAACAAAGUAUUUUUGUAGUUAUGCUCUCCUCUCUCUUCCUUCUGCUGCCAUGCAUGAUUUAUACCCAGAGGAUAGUUUAUAGUUUUUCAUAACAUCUCAACAACUCAUAACCCUUAUAUUCUUGAGGUAACUCAGGUGUUUUUUGGACAUUAAGAAGAAAUAUAAACAUUUCCUAAUAGUUACACUAAUAUAUGUGUUUAGUGACCCCUUUUGUAAUAUUUCUUGAAAAAAUUCUAUACUGUUACAAUAACAACCUGCCAUGAAUCAAGAAUAUGUUCAAUUAGACUAGAACAAAGUCAAUUUAAGAUUUUUAAUCUUAUCAAAUAAGAUUUUCUGUGUGUGUGUAUGUGUGUGUGUGUGUUUGCAUGUGUGUGCAUGUGUGAAUUUGCACAUGUGAUUGCUUGCGUGUGUGCGUGUGCGUGUGUGUGUGUGUGUGUGUGUGUGUG